GGAAGUCACUACAGAGUACUGAGAGAAAGUAUUACUGAAAUGAGAGAUCAAACACCAGCAGAGAGUCAGAAGUCCUCUGUCAGUGGAAUGCUGCUCCUGCUACUUGUAUUGCUAGCAGUUCUCUUCCCAGGUGGUGACAAUCAGGAAGCCUCCCAAGGGCCAACCUCAUAUCGUGUCAUGCAAAUCUCAUCCUUUGCCAACAGCACCUGGACACAAAAUCGUGGCUCGGGUUGGUUGGAUGAUCUGCAGAUUCAUGGCUGGAACAGUGACACAGGCACUGCUAUAUUCCUGAAGCCCUGGUCUAAGGGCAACCUCAGUGAUGAGGAGGUCACAGAGCUGGAAGAGAUCUUCCGGGUCUACUUCUUUGGAUUCACGAGGGAAGUGCAGGAACGCAUCAGUGACCUCCAGUUGGAAUACCCUUUUGAGAUCCAGGGCGUAGCAGGCUGUGAGCUACACUCUGGGGGAACCACUGAGAGUUUUUUGAAGGGGGCUAUAGAAGGACUGGAAUUCCUGAGCAUCAAUUAUACAUGUUGGCCUUCCCCAGGAGGAGGCAGCAGGGCAGAGAAGGUCUGUGAAUUAGUCGCAAAGUACAAAGGUAUCUUUGAUACAAUAGAGAACCUGCUUUAUGAAACCUGUCCCCGGUAUCUCUUGAGCGUCCUGGAAGCAGGGAAGGAGGAUCUGCAGAGACAAGUGAAGCCCAAGGUCUGGCUGUCCAGUGGUCCCAGUCCCAGACCUGGACAUCUGCUGCUGGUGUGCCAUGUCUCUGGCUUCUACCCAAAGCAUGUGUGGGUGAUGUGGAUGCGGGGUGAGCAGGAGCAGCUGGGCACUCAGCAAGGUGACUUCCUGCCCAACGUUGAUGGGACGUGGUAUCUCCGAGCAACCCUGGAUGUGGCAGCUAAGGAGGCAGGUGGUCUGGCCUGCAGAGUGAAGCACAGCAGCCUAGGAGGGCAAGAUCUUGUCCUCUACUGGGGAAGCUCCAUCUCCAUUGGCUUGAUCAUUUUGGCAGUUAUAGUGCCCUGUUUGGUCUUUCUGAUGGGCCUCACAUUAUGGUUCUGGAGGCGCUGGUCAUAUCAGGACAUCUAGGAAGCAUUCAUUCCAUCUUCCAUCUCUGAUAAAUACCAGAAAUCCCAGAAACUUAAGAUGUCAGUCCAACCUCAAUCUCAUUACAUUUCAUCAGAUAAUCACUGUUUCUAUUGAAUCAGAGAUUUAAUAGUUUGGAAGAAAAAAAUCACUAUCUGUAUAGCAGCAGAGAAAUAAUUAAGAGCUGUGAAUUUAUUUUGAGAUAGUAUCAGUAGUAUAAACCAUCUAUAUUUCAUCAUUUAUUAGGUACAUAUUCUGCCUUAUGGAGUUGAAAAUGUAUUUUAUCUUUUAUUAAGGUAAUGUUGUGACUUACACAUAAUGAUUUUCAAAUGGCAAAACAAAAUUUUGUUUCUGUAACUCACCUGUUUUCUUGUGUAACAUCAGCAUACGUAUUGAAAAUAUUUUUUAAAAAUAUUUUGUUUAGGGUUUUACAUCUUUGCUCAUUUAAUUCUUACAAUGUUGUUGUCAAAUAUUGGUAUCAAGAACUUUUUGUUUAUAUAAAGGAAGUUAUAAAAUG